GAGGCAGGGAGGGAAGCGCCGGUAGGGCUGCCCGGAGGGACCGCUUGAGAAGCCGGAGCAAGCGGCCAGGAUGGCGGCGGACGGCGGCCUGGAGCAGCGGGCGCUACAGUACGAGCAGACUUUGAUGUAUGGACGCUACACCCAGGACCUGGGAGCAUUUGCCAAGGAUGAAGCGGCUCGCGUCCGGCUGCAGCAGGAGCGCUGGAAAUUUUCCCCGAAGGAGCGGCUGCGUCCCUCCGAGUUUCUGGAGUACGACCACGGUCGCUGUGCCUGUUGCCGUAUCUGUACCGUGCGGUGCCAGAAGUUCCUCAUCUCCAAAGUGGGCGAAGACUGGAUCUUCCUCAUCCUCUUGGGUCUGCUGAUGGCCUUGGUGAGCUGGGCCAUGGACUUUGCCAUAGCAACUUGCCUGCAAGCCCAAAAGUGGAUGUACGGCGGGUUGGAUACCAACGUUUUCUUGCAAUACAUGGCUUGGAUUACCUAUCCCAUCGUGCUCAUCACCUUCUCAGCUGGAUUCACUCAGAUCUUAGCCCCGCAGGCGGUGGGCUCUGGCAUCCCAGAAAUGAAAACCAUCCUGCGUGGGGUGGUGCUGAAGGAAUACCUUACCCUCAAGACCUUUGUGGCCAAAGUCAUUGGACUGACCUGUGCAUUAGGCAGCGGGAUGCCUUUGGGGAAAGAGGGACCCUUUGUUCACAUAGCCAGCAUGUGUGCGGCCCUCCUCAGCAAGUUUCUUUCAGUCUUUGGAGGCAUUUAUGAGAAUGAAUCCCGUAAUAUUGAGAUGUUGGCGGCGGCUUGUGCGGUGGGCGUUGGGUGCUGCUUCGCUGCUCCCAUUGGCGGGAGCCAGUGGCUUUCCUUUGAUCUCCCCCAGACCCAGAAAAUUGGUUUCGCCUUCCUCCCAAGAGCAGAGAAAGUCCAUCACCUGUCCGUCUUCUCCUUUCCCAGCCUUCUGAUUGUUCCUCUCUUUGCAACAGGGGCGGCUUUUGGGAGGCUGAUGGGUGAGAGCAUGGCAGCUUGGUUCCCCGAUGGCAUUCACACGGACAGCAAUAUCUACCGCAUUGUGCCAGGGGGUUACGCAGUGGUAGGUGCAGCUGCCCUCUCUGGGGCCGUCACCCACACGGUCUCCACCGCCGUCAUCGUCUUCGAGCUGACCGGCCAGAUCUCGCACAUCCUGCCGGUUAUGAUUGCGGUGAUCCUGGCUAAUGCUGUGGCCCAGAGUUUGCAGCCUUCCCUCUACGACAGCAUCAUCCGGAUCAAGAAACUGCCCUACCUGCCGGAGCUGGGUUGGGGACAUCAGGAGAAGUACAACGUACGCGUGGAGGACAUCAUGGUGCGUGACGUGCGUUAUAUCACACUGAACUGUAGGUACCGCGAUCUUCAGGAUGUCUUACACAGCACCAAGAUGAAGAGCCUAGCUCUGGUGGAAUCAGCCGAAUCCAUGAUCUUGCUAGGGUCCGUGGACCGUACUCAGAUUGGCGCCCUCCUCCACGACCAGCUGAGCUACGUUCGCCGCCGGCAGUUUAUGCAGGAGAAAACCCAGCUGGAGCACCGGGUCCCUGAAAAGAGUCAGGAAAACAAGGAACCGCACCACGUACCGGACACAGGAGUGCGCUUUCAGAUUGGGCCAGAGGAAUCCCCCUCCUUCCUCCCUCCGCAGAGCGAACCUCGUAAACCCCUGAAGCCGGCUCUGAAACGGGUCCCCAGCACUUUAUCAGACAAUCCUUCAGCUGGGACAACCGAGACGGCAGGGAUGACCUUGAGGAACCUUUUUUGCGCCAACGCCUCAACAGCAGAGUCCGUGGAGGAGGAGAAUCCGGGGGCAUCCGAAAAGCACAAGUCGAAACGCGUCCGUAUUUCCGUGGUGGAGGAAUUUGAUCCGGUUAGCGAGAUGACUCCAACUGAGGUGAUGGAAUGGGAGGAGCGACAACUCGAUCAGUUGGUCAACUUCAACAACUGCAAGAUUGACCCGGCUCCCUUCCAACUGGUAGAACGGACUUCUUUGCACAAGACACACACCAUCUUCUCCCUUUUGGGAGUGGACCAAGCUUACGUCACCAGCAUCGGGCGCCUGAUUGGCGUGGUGUCCCUCAAGGAGCUGCGCAAAGCCAUUGAGGGUUCGGUCACCGCCAAAGGGGUGAAGGUGCGCCCCCCGCUGGCGAGCUUCCGGGAUAGCACAACCAGCAGCAGCGAUAUAGAGGCCACCGAAAUCCACCAGCUGUGGGAUCGGCGGCAACGACACUCCAUCCCUCGCGAGUUCAGCCCCUCCGAGAGCGACGACAAGUGCCAGUGACGUUGGGCACGGAGAACCUGCCAACCGAGAGACGGUUCCUCAUUGCCAUGCCUUGGCUGUUGCUCUGGCAGCUGGGCCUCUUCUAAGGAUGCCUUCAACAUUCCAGCUUUGGAGACUUCAAGAGGACAGUCCGUUCCUGGAAUAACUGGAGAAUUGCCAUCCAGAACCUUAAAGCUGGGCCCCCCCGGUGCCCCGUUAGCUCCAUCCUUGGUCUCAGGGUUCAUUUAAGUCUUUCCCUUCCCAUUUUCCCGUCGUCCCACUCUCCAGCAGCUCAGCUCCACGAGAGCUGGUCAGAUGAGGAGAUCGAGACAGGGGAGGAUACGCGCGUGGGUCUUUUCAAACACUCAUCUCAACUUCUCUGUACAGGGGUCCUUCCUUGUACCCCGAGGCUCGGGCAUCUCACUCGGGCCGCCUCCGAGAGUAGUUCAAAGACUUCCUUGGUCCGUUCUCGGCAGCUUUGCAGGUGGACAGUCCACCUGGAAGGAAGCUGGUGAAGCAUCUGUCUUCCUCGCGGUCUCGUCACUGUGCCCCCCUUUUUUUCAGGUUUGAAAGGAGGAGGAACUUUUCGGCAUGGGUGGAUGCCCUCCUGGCGUCUGUGGGCAGCUGUGGGUUUCUCUCCCCGUGGCCUGAAUCUUCCCCCUCAAAUCUUCAGCGCUGACUCAGCCGUGCUGUGUACGGCGACCUCCCCCCCCCUCUGUAGGAGGAAUCCUAAAUAACGGAUGGGGUUUGUGGGGGUUGUUGGUAGGGCUUGUGGGGCCCAAAUAAAACCGGCACUGGAUUUCUCGGACUACUGAACCAGGCAACCCCCUCCCCCUUCCUCCCUACUGCCAGAUCCUGGAAUUCUUCCCUUCCGCCUUCCUCUCUCUGUGGAACCCACUCAUGCUCGAAUCCACAGGCAGAGGAGAGGGAAAGAAGGAAGACUGUCUGUACAUACCGAAGAUUUUUAUACAUAUAUCUAUCUAUAUUAAUUUAAUUGCAGAAAAGAAUACAAAUAGAGUUAUAUUAUGAA